AUUGUAUCGCCCUCAUAGUCUCGAACGAAACGCGUUCUGUGGCGUACGCGUCGCGAAUUAUAUCGAUACAAUCGACACGAACAUCGAUAACAUAACAAUAAUAAUCGUUAAGUUUUUAUUUACUUGUAAACGAGUGACAUCGAUUAGUAGUCAAAGUAAUUGAAAAUCGUUAGAAUAGUGUUGCUAACAUUUGAGAUUUUUGAAUAACUUUAAAGUUUAUCUAAAGGUGAAGAGUGAAUGUGCAUGGUUCAUCAAUAUUGAUACGAAUUUAAGAGUAAAAGAGUAUAGGAGUAACAGCAAAAGUUCACAUAGCAAACAAUAGUGAUGCAAAUCUGAGUGCUAAUAUCGAGGUGCGUGAAAAGUGUCGACAUGGGUCGCGGACAGUAUUCGUUGGUGUGCGCAACACUAGUCUCCCUUCUGAUUGCGCUGGCUCAGUCCGGCGCGCUGGUGAAGAGUCCGGCCACGAGGUUCACGUGUCAAGGCCGCGCGUCCGGCUACUACGCGGACGUCGACACCGGUUGUCAGGUGUACCACAUGUGCGAUGGCCUGGGCCGGCAGUUCAGCUAUUCGUGUCCGAACACCACGCUGUUCCAGCAACGCAUGCUGGUCUGUGAUCACUGGUACAUGGUCAACUGCACCAACUCUGAGAGUGACUAUGACGCCAACCUGCUUAUUGGUCAAAGGGACAAGCCGUUCGUGUCGGACGCGGACAUGCGCCAGCGGACUCCUCGCCCGGACAUCCUGUCCGUGCCUCCCAACAGCAACUACUACGAUGGGCUGAAAGAAGCGGAAACUAAGUUCCCAUUCCACCCGGAUAACAGUAUCGUGGGGAUUUCGGAAUCGAUCUCAAGCGGAAGUGACGACUUGGAUAGUGAUAAGCGCUACUACAGACCGCCUACCUCAUGGUCGAUGAAGACUAAGAGACCAGACCCUGUCACCGUCGACACUAAUGAAGAUAGCUUUAACUUUAACAACAGAAAACCGAAGAGACCAUCCGUCACCGACAGUGCCUCAAAUGAAAACCACUUCAAAUUUGACGUGAAUAAUGAAUCAACGUUCAAACCGUCUUUGAAUUCCGACACUAAAAAAGAAAUAGUUUUCCAUCAACCCGAACGUGAACAAACGUAUGAAGCAAACAAAGUCAGACCAAACGUAAAAAUUCCUCCUCCGUCCAGGGAAUUAGUUGCUCCCUUACCACCAGCAAGUGACAGCGAAUCCGAAGAAUAUGAAAUCGACGUGAGAGUCAAAACACAAGACCCCGUCUACAACUUCAUAAAACGCUUCGACCCAAACUCCCCAGAUUCAAUUAAAACAACCAUGACGCGAUCAGAAAUUAUAGACCUAAACAAACAUUUACCAGAUGCUCAAGUCAGUUCAGAAGAAGAUAGAAUUCCGCGCAAUAAUAAAAACUUUGGUAACAAUUUCAAUGUUCUACAAAGCGAUAAGAAAAAAGGGUCGACUGAUGGUACUAGAUUUGAAAAAGUAAAUGUCAAAACGAACCCAGAAUUAAAUACUGAAUCAAAUGUUAAUUCAGUACCGGAACCAGCUAAAGAACUUUUACCUCCGAAAAAUGAUUUUACUCCAUUGGCGUCUACGACCAUGGGACCACCAAUUUACUACGAAUGGAAAUGGGCUGUGCCAGCGUUUGAUUUGGAACCUCCUAAACCGAGCAAUGAGACUACAAUAAACGCUACGAACCCUGUGAAGCCAAGCAAAAGACCUUUCAGCGAUCACACUACGACUACCCCCAAACCUAUAGACAUAAAACCAAGUAACACAGAGUAUAACACAAGUUCGUACUUCGUACCAGACUUUGUGUUUCCCUUAGACAGUCCCCAUCCAGGGUACGAUGAUGACUCUGCCCAGACAUCCUUCCAAGUGGAAGUUUCUAGACCUGGAAGAGCAAGUUACGGGGAGAACCCCGCUUGCCCCCAGUGCCAUCCUGCGUAUCUUAUCCCUGGUACUUGCGAACCGUGCAUUGUCAGACGGUAACAUUAACAUCUAGGAAUUACAAUAAAUUCAGUUUAUAGCCAUUCAGAUUAUAACGAUUGACAUUUUGUUGUAAAAUGGAAAUCGGUUUUGUUGAUUAAAGAUGAUCGCAUACUAGAGACAACCCGUUACAGAAGCACAUGCAUGAAAUUGCGAAUGACGUCACCCACAUUUUUUGCGUUUCUGACACGGUCUUGACGUGAGCUUCUAGUUCUAAUGCCUUUCAUUAUUAGUACAUAGUUGGCAA